UCCCCAGCUCAGCCAUCCACCGCCAGCCAGCCGCACUCUGGACAAUAACACAGCUGGGGAUGCUGCACGGCCACCAGCCGCUUGCCACCUCUCCCAGAGCCUGCUGCCCGUGAGCAGAGAGACAGCAAGGGGGGUCUCGCCUAGGGCUGGCGUUUGCCUUCCCCUCCAGAGCUUCGCCUGGAUCCGCGCAGGGCUGCGAGCCAGAGGGUGAGGCAGCCAGGGGAUUGCAGAGGCUGGGAAAAUGGAGAUCGCGGAGGCUGGCGCCAUUCAGCAAGAGAGGCUGCAGGCCAUAGCGGAGAAGAGGAAACGUCAGAUUGAGAUCGAAAAUAAAAGGCGGCAGCUCGAAGACGACAGGCGCCAGUUACAGCACCUAAAGUCCAAGGCUCUGAGGGAGAGGUGGCUGCUGGAAGGAGCCCCGUCGUCCGCCUCCAAGGAAGACGAGGCCAUGAAGAAGCAGAUGCAGGAAGACGAAGUGAAGACCAAGGAGCUGGAAGAAACUAUCCAGAGGUUAGAGAGGGAGCUGGAGAUUCUGGAGAACGGGGACUCGGCGCCUUCCACCAAGGAAAAGCUGGGGAAGGAGGUGACAGCAAAGGAGGAGAAAGCAGCAAACGCACAGAAGACUCCGCUGGGCACAGCUAAAGCAGAGCAGAAGAUCUGCAACAGCCCCAUGAAGUCGGUGGAGGGCACUGACAUGAUGAAGGCAGCCAUGUACUCAGUCGAGAUCACAGUGGAGAAGGACAGAGUAACUGGCGAGACCAAAGUCCUGUCCAGCACCACCCUGCUCCCCAAGAAUCAUUGCCUGCAGGGGGUCAAGGUGUACGAGGAUGAGAUGAAAGUGGUGCAUGCAGUCCACAUGGAGGAUGGAGCCCUCGAGAAUGGGGUGCAACCUCUCAGCUCCUCCGAGGUGGACGAGCUGAUCCACAAGGCAGAUGAGGUGAACUUGAGCGAGGUCUCCCAGAGGGACUCGAAGACCAAGGAGCACGAAGAGGCCAAGAAGGGGGGUCCCGGGAGCAACCUGCCCAGCCAGAAGACUACGCCCCGGAAGGAGAUCACUGGGGUGCAAGCCAAGCCAGUGGACAGCCCAAGAAUCCUGGCCUCCGGUGAAGGGGCAGAGCCUAGCAAAGAGCAGCCAGUUACCAUGAUCUUCAUGGGCUACCAGAACGUGGAGGACGAGGACGAGACCAAAAAGGUGCUGGGCCUGGGGGGCACCAUCAAGGCCGAGCUGGUGGUGAUUGAAGAUGCUGACAACAAGCCCGCAGUGGCCAGAGCAGCAGAUUGCACGGGCAAGGACCAUGCCCCGCCCAAUGGCAGCACCGUGGAGCCCGUGGCCGCCCUGCCACAGAAGGAAGAUGGCCAGGUCGGGGAGAUGCCAGGAACCAACAUCACGGAUCCCAAGGGGGCCGAUCAGGACCUAGACAUGAAGAAACAGCGUUGCAAAUGCUGCACGGUGAUGUGAAACAUCUGCCGGCUCCAUUGUACAGCCAAAAAGGACUGCCUCCCCCACCUUCUGUUGCCCCAUCCCUCAUAGUUCCCUAGGUUCCACCCACAAACUCCAAGUGACACAGGAUUUUAUUUACUUAACCAGACACAACUUCUUUUUCUUAAGAGACUGGGGAAACAAAUGCAGUGUUUGUAAAGUGUAUAAUAGGCAGCACCAUCUCCCGGCCGCGGCAUCGCUCGUCUGACGUCCGCUUCCAUGCAAUACGCCACCGGCGCUGAAUAUUAUAUUUAUUAUACACGCUUAUUUUUCCCCCUGCCUUUGUCUCUCCCCCGCCACAUCCCACUCCCCUGUGCCAUGGUGGGAUCUCUCAGAGAUCCUCAGCCCACCGGGGAUGGCCAUCACGGAACUCUCCCGCCUGUAGGACUCCCGUUUUUUAAAUUUUACUGAUGGCUUUCCCCCUCGUUAAAUGACACCCUCCUCUGUUAUCCAAAGGAUGCUGGAGCUGAUCUCACUGAUGGGGGGGCUCAGGAGAGGGUCAUAGGACUAAGAAGCCUCCUUAGAUGGUUCUUCAAGAACUGGCUGUUGUUAGGACGUUUUUUCAGGCCUUCUGGAAGGGGAAGGAGGGAGGCCACCUAUGUCCCAGCACUUUCUCCACAUGUCCUGGUGUCAACAGGCCACGGUUUAGAAACACCCCGGCCACCUGCUCCAGCAAGACAGAAGCUCCUGUAUCAUCUUGAUGAGGCCACAGCCAGCCGACAGGGCCUGCCUAUCCAGCGACAGCUUAACUAUCCCCCACACCCUGGGUUCGUUCCGAUGACAGGUCUGGGAAAACCCAACAAUGCACAGACACAGCGCCCCAAACCACAGCUGCAGAAGAAGUUUGAAGCAGAGGUUUCGGCCGGCAAGUGAGCUGCUGGGCCGAACUUAAAUUUGGCCCGAUCUUGCUGCUUAGAGUUUGUAAGCACUGACCUGAGCCUUCAAACCAGCCGCAAGAAGGACUGUUUCUGUGGCAAAAGGAAAAGGACACUCCCCGGGGAGGAGACCUCUGCAAACGCGUGUGACGUACCAACACAGCUUGGCCAUGGUCCGUGGGGGUGGGCUGUGAGAUGGACCUGUUGUUUCAACACCUAAAGUUGAUCGUUCCUGUGGUGCCAGGGGCAACGCUCAGUUCCGGAAAAAUGCAGCAGUGUAAAAAAUAAACAGGUCCCUGCUGGAUUUCUAGGCAGCAGAAUCGGUCAUUCCGGAGUCACUCCUUCUCUGAAGGAACUUCUCAGUCUGGCACUUACAGUGGUGACCACAAGCCUUAAGGUACUUUAUUGACCCCGCUGGUUUGAAUGCUGGAACCGGGGCCUAUCAGCUCCCACACCCCUGUGAUGUCAUGUCCUCUGCUGGUUUCUACAGAAGAGCGGCUCCUUCAUUUCUUAGCUGGCUUUUCUCUGCUGGAAUGACAAGGCCAUGACAGGGCGAGGUGGUUGGAAGGACAUUGACUGCGUCUCCCCUUGCAUGAACGUUUCCCUUGUAGACACCAUGCCGGUAAGGAUAUCGGCCACUGCGCUGUUGACCGAGAUGCUCCCAGCCCUGGACGAUGGGUGAAAUUGGAAGAGGUUGGCCCAAGUCUCGGCCAGCGGGAGACGGGACUGCUCGUCGGGAGUUCUGGAGGGUAGUUCUGGACAUGUUCAUGGUCAUUAAACUGUGGAGCCCUGGUUAGCCACAGGUAGGGCCCUCGUCCCCUGUCAGCACCUCCACCCACUCAGCACCGGCAGCCCCAUAGCAUCAGUGCUGUCACCUUCCCAGUCCAGGGCAGCCCUCCCACGCAACAUGCUCAUCUGGACAAAGUCUGAGCCCUCCAAUCCCUGGGCAUGUCCUAUUGCUGCAUGGGUGGGUGCAUUAUGAUUCACCUUUGGCAUCACCUAGUGGCAUUGAUGGGUCCCCUUGAGUCAGUUGCUUAUUCAGCACAUUUGGCCCUGGCAAAGCAAAACGAUUUUCACUUUGGGGCCAAGGAGCCCAGCAAGGGACCCGAUAAAUGGCUCUGAAGGGGGGCAGAGUUUGGCAGCUGCCUCAAUUGCUUGGAGACACCCCUAAACCAGACCCCAGUCCUGCCCUCCUUGGAACCUGUGCAGGCCUGCUGACCCCAAUGGGGUUGCACCGGCUGUACCUGAAAGCAGAAUUUCCCCCUCCCCCAAGUAAAGAGAUGGGGCUGGAUUCGACUCUCGGCUACCCGCUGACUGGUGUGCGUCCACCCCAGAGCUUGGGGGGUCACUCACAGAGGUUUCCGCCCUCAGAAUAUCUCUGUUCUUUAACUGUGUCCUGCUGAAGGAAAGCACCUGGUUUUUAAAGCAGCGAAGUGAGUGGUGAUGCUUUGCUCGGCUCAGAGCAGGAGAAACUUUAGUUCUUUUGCUGCUCCUGGUUCGAGUCUGUAGCUGGCCACUGGGCCUCAGCCACCGCCAGGGAGCUUCUGAUUCUUAUCCGGGCUGACGUCCGUUCUCGGGAACACCUCGCGAGGGAGCUCCUCAGAACAGAUGCCUCCCUAAUCCCGACUCUCUUUGCUUGCACCCACUCUCCCUGCAGCGUAGCGCUGUGGGUGUGGCGAGAUCAGCCCCUCGCUCCCGUGAUCGCACCCGAUGAAUUGCAGGCCAGACCCCAUCUGGUGUAAACUGCCAGAGCGCCGUCGACUGCAGGGGGGCGACGCCAGCUCACUGACACCAGCUGAGGAUCUGCCCCAGGCUCUGCAGCAGAGCAGGACCCGGGAGGCCGUUCUGCUCCACCACAGCCAGUGCUGCAAGUCCCCCAAAGGCAGCUUGUUGACUCACUGCGUUUGGGCCCCCGUCCGAGUGGGCGGCCCUUUACUGGGCUCCAUAGGGGAGGCAAUGGGAGUACAGGGUAAACCCCAUCCAGCAGGACAAACCAGUCAAUGGGCCAUGACCCAGGGGUGCCACUAGAAUGCAGGGUCGGUGCUAGUGGUGAGACUUCCCGGCUAGACAGACAAAGCUACUGCGUGUGGGUCUCGGGUCUCCUUUGCUGUGACGGGCUGAAAUAGGACGAGCUGCAGGUUUAGUGACAGGACUAGAGAUUGCAGCUUAUGUAGCGCUCACUGUGCGAGGAAAAGCUGGCGCCCAGUUAGUGUUUGGUUCGGGACGGCAGAGUCAGGGAUGCCUUGGAGCUGGGUCAUUUAUCCGCAGUGAAUCAUUUAUCGAUCCGACUUUAGACCUUUUUCCCACACGCCCCAGACAGACUUUAUUACAGUUUUGCUCGUUACUGGAAACGGUUCGACGAACGCUCAGUGGAAACGCUCGGGGAACUCGGCAUUAAGCAGGGUGUCAGGUUGUGGGCCGGAAUCUUUGGUAUUGCCUCUGCCCUCCAGCGGGAGCGUGAAAUUUGUUACGAGCGGGGCCGAGGGAAGGGAUUUGAGGAGGUGCCCCUGGGAACGCUUCCUGCACGGAGCACAUGUUUGCACGUGUGUGAGCGAGCCGGGAGCUUCCCAGGAACUUUCUGGCAGGCAGACAAACACAAAAGUUUGUGGGCGUGUUUGCGGAAAUCACGCCAAAUUCCCUCCAGGUCAAGUUGAGGCCAGAUCUCCAUCUUGAGUAAGUCAGCCCAGUUCCAUUGACUCCAGUGGAUUUACGCCUUCGGAGGGCCUGGCCCUGGGAGGUGAUGAAUGCUUUUUAUUUGUUGAAAAUGUUCACCCAGCUCUAGACACUAUGGGGCCAGAUCCUCACCUGAUGUAAAUAGGUGUAAAUAGGUGUGGUGCAUCAGUGCCAUCGCCGCCAUCUUUACACCAGGUUGGUCAGUUAACGGGGAAGUGAUAAAGUGUGGGGAGGUGGCCAUGAGCUCCCUUGGUUUUCACCCUGUUCUCUCACAUCAUCCUUAGAGGCUGAUCUCACCCAGGUGUUGCCCACUGGCAACAGCAUCUUCUGCCCAGGCAUGAAGGGGGACGUCAUCCUGGCUUCUCUGUUAUGUGAAAAUUACCACUGGGCAAGAUUAACAGCACGUGCCCUGUAGGCUUAACUGGACUCAGCAGGUGCCAAGACUACUUGUUGUCUCUCUGCAGAGGGGUAAAUUUCACCCUAAUGUGAUCUCUCAUGGAUUAACCAAAGAUCAGGCCCUGACUGCACAUAAUGAUCUCCCCUCUUCCCCCGUGAUUUGUGUAGCAUUUGCUUUUAGAGCGUUUCCCCUUGAUAGGUUCCCGUGCUUGAUGUCACCCCACGGCUACUCCCUGCCACACCCAGCUGGGGUUUUCACACCCUUCCACUAUCUGUCGGCGGUUCUCAUCCCUGGCGUUAGUCCUUCUUUGGUCAGUCGUCCGAAGAGGACUCGGGCUCGUGGCAAAGCUCCUGGGGCACAACACACGUAGCAGCCUGCGUGCCCAUGGGAAUAUACCCACCCUGGGCCGUGACCAUGGGAAUAUACCCACCCGGGGCCGUGCCCAUUCUUCCUCCUAGCUCCACUGAUUUUGAGAGGGGCCCAGACAGAGGCAGCAGUGAAGUUGGCCCCCAAAUAGAAACCAAGAGGUUAAAAAUUAUGUGCCCAUGCACACACGCGCGCACACCUACACUCACACAGACAUCACAACCCGAGGUCUAGAUCAACAGGGACUACAUUUUACAAUCAAAUUGUUACUGCCUCUUCUAGGCGCCGAUCCAGCAAAGCAGUAAAGCCCGUGUGUAACUCUACACAUGUUCUUUGCUGGACCAGGGAUCCGUCCUCCGUCUGCAGCCGGUUCCAUUUCCAGUCUCCUCACGUUCCCGUUCAAAGAUUCUCGUAGCGGUGGGAGGGCCGGAUCCACAGAAGCAGAUCCUGGUUAGUCACCUGCUUUUUCCCCACUAGGCUGCCCGGUUCCCUUCAGCCUGUGACAAUCAUUUCUCCAGGGGCAGAUGGAGGCCGACGCUUUCCUUUCAGUGCUCAGCCUCCGACCCUUGGCCUUUGAACACAGCAGCAUCACAGCUGCUUCUCCCCUGGGAUUGGGGUACAGACUAGGUUCCCCCUGUGACCCCUGAAAGAGGCACCCGGCUCCCCAGCAUUGGGUUUGGUGCAAUCCAAGAUGGACCCGGGAAAAGCUUUCGAUUCCACCACCCCUCAGUUUUUUUGCUUAACCAACAGUCUUAGCCCACAUGGCUGAGAUCUUUGCCGAAGAAUAACCUUACAGACCCUGGGGCUUUCUGUGUAAUCAUGUCUGUUCUCGAGGGGGGUGGGAGGAAGAAGGGGGUGGCGGGGCGGUGUGAGAGUGACCCAGCUGUACAAAGAGUGACAUUGCCUGCCCGGCUGCCCUUGCCAGGUGUACGUUGUCCUCCUGUAGUCCUUUCUUUGGUUCCGUCCCAGCCUGGGGUGGGGCCAGGCUGCGUCCCCUCCUCCACGGCAAGUGGCUAUCAAGAAUCAGCUGACUUCGUGCCACCUCCUGGGUGGGGAUCUGGCUCCUAGGGCUCCACGGAUCCAGCCUUAGUCCAGCCCCGGGAGCUCUUGCUGGUCUGGGGGCAGCCCCCCAGUCUGUACAUGGGGCAGAUGGGGAGUUACGCUACGGGGCAGACCUCCCCCACGUUCCAGUCUUAAACCAGACACCAGCCUACGAGUCUGCUCCUGAUGGGCUUUCCGCUGCUGCUGUUAAUGGGCUCAGGAUCGGGCCCUUGAUUCCUCAGCUGGAUCAGGGUAGGGGUGGCUUGAGGGGGAGAGAGCAGGCACCCAGCACACUCCGAAUGGGAGACUGGUGUGCAGCCCCCUCCUCUAGCCCCUUCCCCCCACAUCUGCCUGGCCCCUUCCCAGCCACUGUGUGUCCAGGGCGGUCCCUCUGUGAGUCCACCCCCCCAUUCCUCCCCGCCCCCCCGCUGCGUGACUCGGCUGGAAUGCACUUCCCAUGCUCCUGUGCUUUUUAAUUGUGACGAGCCGUUUGAAGUUACAGCCCCCGUUGUUUGUAAUACACCCAAACUAAGCCAAUAAACUGUGUGACUAAUCAGA